GGUAGCCCUCUUUCAGCUCCUUGUAGACUUUCCUAGUGAUUCGUAACCAAAUCAUAUGUCACCAGCCUUUACUGCACUGAAGCCACUUCUCUCUCUUUUUUGGCACCCUCAUCUCCAUACUUAAAUAUAUAUAACAACACUCCACAACAGGCCAAAAUAACCAGCUUUUGCUCUCUGACAAACUAAUAUAUAAUAUAAUAUAUGGUUUUUAUGUGCUGAGACUACUUAUAGAGCAAGAGGGAAAGGAAGGAGCAACAGAGAGGAAGGUAGAGAUGGAGGAGGUUUUUGUUGCAUUGAAACUGGUUUCAGUUGCUGUUGUGGGGGUUCUAAGCUGGGUACUCUAUGGGUAUGGUCGUGUGUGGUAUGAGUCUCAGAGGGUGAGAAAAAGGAUACUAAAGCAAGGAAUAAAAGGGCCUCCACCUUCUUUUCUGCAUGGAAAUCUGCCUGAUAUUCUGAAAAUUCAAGCUCAGGCUGCUAGCCAGGCCAAAGCUUCUGCUUCAACCUCCAACCAUUCUGAUCAGCUUGUGGCUCAUGACGACACUGCAACCCUCUUUCCUUAUUUUGAGCACUGGAGGAAAGAAUAUGGUUUACUGUAUACUUACUCCACAGGGCUGAAGCAGCACCUGUAUGUGAAUCAACCGGAUCUAAUAAAGGAAUUGAAUCAUUGCAUCACUUUGGUUCUGGGUAAGCCUGGUUACUUAACAAACAAACUUGCACCUAUGCUUGGCAAUGGCGUUUUGAGAGCCAAUGGUAACAGUUGGGCACAGCAGAGGAAACUUGUUGCAGCUGAAUUCUUCAUGGACAAAGUUAAGGGUAUGGUGGACUCAAUGAUAGAGUCAACGCAGCCAUUACUACUGAAAUGGGAGCAAAUUAUUGAGAGCCAAGGAGGGGCCACAGCUGAAAUUAAAGUGGAUAAAGAUCUCAUAGGUUUAUCAGCUGAUGUUAUUUCAAGGGUUUCAUUUGGCCAUUCUUAUUAUUCUAAGGGAAAGGAAGUCUUCUCCAAGCUUAGAAGAAUACAGAAGGCCCUGACCAAGGAUACUGGCUUCCUUUUUGGCAUCAGUUUUCGUGAGAAACUGAAUUUCUGGUCAAAUAAGAAAAAUGAGAUAGCGAAUUUGGAGAAAGAGAUAGAGUCACUGAUAUGGGAGUUAGUGGAGGAACGCAAGAAAGAAUGCUCAGAGGCAUCCUCCUCAUCACAGAAGGAUUUGAUGCAGUUACUGUUGGAAGCAGCCACGAGUGAUCAGAGUCUGGGGAAGGACUUUUCCAAAAGCUUCAUUGUGGAUAACUGCAAAAACAUUUACUUUGCUGGCCAUGAAACCACUUAUGUAGCAGCCUCCUGGUGUUUGAUGCUUCUUGGUUUGCACACAGAUUGGCAGACUCGUAUAAGGGCUGAGGUAGCUGAACAUUGCCCAAAUGGUAUACCAAAUGCAGAUUCUCUCCCUCAGUUGAAAACGCUGGGUAUGGUGAUUCAAGAAACGCUACGUUUAUACCCACCAGCAUCCUUUGUGUCAAGGGAGGCAUAUGAAGAUAUCCAAAUUGGACACCUGAAUGUUCCUAAGGGUGCUUUUCUGUGGACUCUGAUCCCAACCCUACACAGAGAUCCUGAAGUCUGGGGACCAGAUGCUAAUGAGUUUAAACCAGAAAGGUUCAGUGAGGGAGUGUCCAAGGCUUGCAAGUUUCCAAGUUCUUAUGCGCCAUUUGGGUUGGGUACUCGCUUGUGCUUAGGAAAGAACUUUGCACUGGUUGAAUUGAAGGUUGUGCUAGCCCUUAUCAUCUCCAGGUUUAGCUUCACUCUGUCUCCUAAUUAUAGGCACUCUCCAAAAUAUAUAAUGAUUGUGGAACCAGAACAUGGUAUUGAUCUUAUCAUGCAGAAGAUCUGACAGACUGAGAGACGAUCACAGCAAUAAACAACACUGGUGAACUUGCAAGCAUGUGUUUUCUUUUCAUAAAUCAGUGUUUUCUUUUCUACCCACAAAACUAUUGCUUAGGUUACACUAGAGUUUCUUCUGAAUUUAAUAAUUUUGUUUAAGAUGUUUAUGUAUUUCCUUCUAUCAAUAGUGAUCAUGCAUCAAUUUCUGGCUA